CCAUAAUGGUGCACAUGAAUGUCCUGGCAGAUGCUCUCAAGAGCAUUAACAAUGCUGAGAAGAGAGGCAAAUGCCAGGUUCUUAUUAGGCCGUGCUCCAAAGUCAUCGUCCAGUUUCUCACUGUGAUGAUGAAGCAUGGUUACACUGGUGAAUUUGAAAUCACUGAUGAUCACAGAGCAGGGAAAAUUGUGAAUCUCACGGGCAGGUUAAACAAGUGUGGAGUGAUCAGUCCCAGAUUUGACGUACAAUUGAAAGAUCUAGAAAAAUGGCAGAAUAACCUGCUCCCAUCCCGCCAGUUUGGUUUCAUUGUACUGACAACCUCAGCUGGCAUCAUGGACCAUGAAGAAGCAAGACGAAAACACACAGGAGGGAAAAUCCUGGGAUUCUUUUUCUAG